AUGAUACACGAUAAUAGUGACAUAGUGAGCAUUGCGAUUGGUCGAUGGUCCGAGUGGGAUCUUGCAGUUACCCUUAUAGAUCGGACGAUCGUCGACCUGUCUUGCAGUUUGUCGAACGCGAAGAUCGAUAGAGCGAUGCACGGAGAAGGUAGAGGAAUGUCUGGGACCAGUUGCGUUUUCUUUGGCGUAGUCAUGUGUUUGGUGGCAUCUGAGGCUCUCGUUCUUCAGCGUGCAAAGCGCCAAGAUGAUUCCGGGCAAGGUGGACACGUAAUAGACAGCAUUUUCAACAUUCCAAUCACAGCAAUCAGGCAGACUGCAGCUGCGGCGCAGAAUUUCAGUCCAGAAAAUUCUCAGGCCAUCGACAGUGUCUUACAGAUCCCUGUUUCAACUCUGGAGGCGGUUGGAAAUCUGGUGAAGGCAACUACCGGUCAGAGGCGUCUGAGUGCCGACGAAGUGCAACGACUGCGACAGGAUAGAAGAGAUAGGAUGAUGGCCCAGAAAGAACGACAGAGGCUGCAGAGGGAGCAACAUCAGCAGCAACGUUUCAAACAGCAGCAGACGAAGAGGACUUUCAAGCUUAACCAGAAAGAUCCGUUUGGUUUGAACGCUUUGUCUGUUCUUGUUAGCAAUCAUGGAAUUGUAGGUGGUAUUCAAGGUGCUUUUGGUGGACAUGGGGGUCACGGUGGACAUGGAAGUCAUGGUGGACAUGGAGAUCAUGGAAAUACAUUUUCAGGUAUACAAGGUGGUCAAGGUGUCAUGAACAACCAUCAGAACACCUACGAGGUCCACGAGAACGUAGAAGAGGACACGAAUUACCAAUGGCACGGAAUCACAGCUGGAUUCGGUACAUAUUCCGGUUCUCGGCCAACCAACACUCAAAUCACGAUACAAAACAAAAUCGCUCCUAAAGACGAGAGUCCGUACAAAUAUCACUACGACAGGACACGACUGCAGCAGAAAAUUCGACCAAAUGUGGCAGAUAAAUUAGGGUACGAAGAGGAUCCUCCGAUUCAGAACAAAAUUGCACCGAGAAGCGGAAGGAUAUCCUUCCAAGAUUAG